UUCUAACAAAUAAUUCACCCUGUCUCGGGCGCGUGAUGCAUUGCAAAUUGAAAGAUGGCGCGAAAGAGCUCUUGAGUCGGCGUGCGCGUUCAGGUGCACACACCUCCAGCAAAAACUACGCACUCAGCUCUGUCUGCUUCAGACUGAAUCAUUUUAGGUGCACGGAAGGGAAAGGCGCAUAAUCUCAACGCGACAGUACGUUCAGCGCCUCUGUAUUUCCAAGGAAGACACGCGAAGGACUGCCAUGAGCUGUCGUGUCCAGUGACCCACUGGCGAUGGGAUCUGACCGGCAUACUGAUACGCUCCGCCAGCAGCGUCAGCACCGGGGAGCGCGACAGACGCAAGAACACCUUGCGCGCCACUUCGGUUUUCGUUAGAGUUGCUCGUUUCUUGGCGUUUGUAGUAUUUUGAUGUUGGUCUCGUCGUCGCGCAUGCGUUGCUGUGUAGUUGAAUUUGCUGGAGCGCUUCUUCAGACUAAGUUUGGGCUACUGCUUGUCGGUCGAUGAUGAGAGGGAUGCUGAUCGCUCGGGAUCACUGGCGUGCGGGGAUCUUGUGUGUCCUCGUGUUCGUGGCUUUGACGGUUGCUCGUAGCCCGCCAGCGCACAGUGUAAACGAACCAAGCAACAUGUCGUACGUCAAAGUCACGGUGGAUAAACUACUCAAAGGCUACGACAUCCGUCUCAGGCCUGACUUCGGAGGUCCUCCGGUUGAUGUCGUUAUGAGUAUCGACAUCUCCAGUAUCGACAUGGUGUCGGAAGUGAACAUGGACUAUACCAUCACCAUGUAUUUCCAGCAGUCUUGGCGUGAUAAGCGUCUGUCCUACACAGGGAUUCCUCUCAAUCUUACUUUGGAUAACCGAGUGGCUGAUCAACUCUGGGUGCCCGAUACUUACUUCAUAAAUGACAAGAAAUCUUUUGUCCACGGGGUCACAGUGAAGAACCGCAUGAUUCGGCUGCAUCCUGAUGGGACUGUGCUCUACGGCCUGAGGAUAACUACCACAGCUGCAUGUAUGAUGGAUUUGCGCAGAUACCCACUGGAUGAGCAGAACUGCACACUGGAGAUUGAAAGUUAUGGCUACACCACAGAUGACAUCGAGUUCUACUGGCAGGGAGGAAGUUCGGUGACGGGGGUGGACAAUAUUGAGCUGCCGCAAUUCUCUAUUAUUGAUUAUAAAACACUGUCUAAGAAAGCGGUGUUUGCUACAGGGUCAUAUCCUCGUCUGUCUCUCAGUUUUAAACUGAAGAGAAACAUUGGAUAUUUCAUCCUGCAGACCUACAUGCCUUCAACCUUGAUCACCAUCCUGUCCUGGGUCUCUUUCUGGAUCAACUAUGAUGCUUCUGCUGCAAGAGUUGCGCUAGGAAUCACCACCGUCCUGACUAUGACCACAAUCAACACUCAUCUAAGGGAGACUUUACCCAAGAUCCCUUAUGUCAAAGCCAUAGACAUCUAUCUGAUGGGCUGCUUUGUCUUUGUGUUCCUGGCCUUGCUCGAGUAUGCCUUCGUCAACUACAUAUUCUUUGGCCGUGGUCCACAUUUGCAGAAGAAAGUGGCAGAAAAGGCUGCAAAAAGCAACGAGAAGAGUCGAUUGGAGAGUAGCAAAGUUCAGGUUGAUGUCCAUGGAAACAUUCCCUUGACAAACCUUGACCUGCGUCUUAGUGGAGCAGAGAUGUUAGGCGCUCUUGGGGACCCGAGGAACACCAUGUUCUCUUAUGAUAGUGCCAGCAUCCAAUACCGUAAGCCCCUUACAGGUCGGGACCUCUACGGCCGGCCCACCGCCUCUGUCGAGAGGCCAAUGGCACGGAAAAAGAGCCGCCUUAGGAGGCGAGCGGCUCAGCUAAAGGUGAAGAUUCCAGACCUGACAGACGUAAACGCCAUUGACAAGUGGUCACGUGUCAUCUUUCCCAUCACCUACACCUUCUUCAACUUAGUAUACUGGCUGUAUUAUGUCCACUAGGGAGCAGCACUGACUCGGCCCAGCCAUUCACACAUCAGGUCAGGCUCUCUUACCCUCCUUGUGGUUUUGACUGUCAGUCAGACAGGAGGAAGAGGUGCAUUCUGUAGGUAGCACUUCUCUGUAAAUUAUUCAACUAUAAAGAAUAUAUCAUAUAAAUCUAUGUUAUAAUUUUUAAAUAAGAAAAAAUAAGCUAAAACAACUACCCAACUUUUAAAGCUGUUUAAUGUAGAUUAUGUCAUAAAUAUUAGUUUAAAACUGUCACUGGAUUUUUGCACUUUGCCUCUGUAGGAUCAGUUUCACUGACUGCAGAAGCUUCACAAUGGGGAGGAAAAAAGGCUUUUCUAGAAGACGACUGUCCUGCAGCUGUAUGUCCGACUUGAAUCUUUAAAACAGCAUUUUGGAAGUUGUUUUCAUCAUCUGUUUUGCAUAUAUGGAGGAAUGAAGGUCUGUAGGGAUGUUCUUGGUUUAUUACAACCUCUAUUGACAACAUCUGUGGUAUACAUUUCAUUACCACAGAUCAUUUGAACUCAUCCCUCAGGUUUUAUAAUAUAUUGUAAUUUUGAAAGGAAUUACAAAUUACUUUUACCUGGUACUUUUGUACUCUCAAAGCAUUAUUCCUUUGUUUUACAAUAAAGCAAGCAUUUAGGUUUUUUAGAAAUCCAAUUUUCAGUCUAGUAAAAAUGUUUCUGUUUGAGGUCAGUAUGACCUCGGCAAAAGAUUACAAAGAUUAGUAAAAGGCUUUGAAGAGUCAGCCUAAUUCUGUUCAGUAUUUGUGGCAUUAGUAUUCACUUGUGGUUACAGUAAGACAUUUACAAUGGAAGUACAUAAAGGGAUAGUCCACCAAAAAAGUACAAUUCUGUCAUUAAUUACUCACCCUCGUGUCGUUCCAAACCCAUAAGACCUUUGUUCAUCUUCACAACACAAAUUAAGAUAUUUUUCAUGAAGAGAAUGAAGUCCUUAUUUUUGUUUUCUUUCUGCACUCUCUUCUGCUUCAUAUAAUUAAGGUUGAACCACAGAUGUCAUAUGGACUAUAUAGAUCUAUAAUAAUAGAUGUCCUUACUAUCUUUCUGGGCCUUGAUCGUGGUAGUUGUGUUGCUGUCUAUGCAGGGUAAGAAAGCUCUUGGAUUUCAUCAAAAAUGUCUUCAUUUGUGUUCUGAAGAUGACUUAAUUAAUGACAGAAUUUAAAUUUUUUGGGUGAACUAUCCCUUUAAUUAACCUAUAACGGUAGUCUCUUAAAAAAGUAAUUUUAUAAUUCGUUGAUUGAAAACCUAGAACAUUCCUUUAAAAACAAGACCUUCAUAGUAUGUUUAGGUUAUCCAUGAAAGCCUUGCCCCAGUUUAGACACAUCACAUACUGUAGAUUAAACCUGUCUUAGUAAGACUUUAGCAACUCCGCUACCAAGAAAUGGGCGAAAGAGGUCAUCUUUUGGGUUACAGUAUUUAUAGGGAUUGGUUAAGAAUACGCUUCAAAAAAUAUUGUCUGCAGCUCUUGUGUGUCUAUAUGUAACACACCUGUUCUCUAUUAUCAAAUGUAGUGCCCGGAACAGAUUUUCUUACAUCAGCAUGACAACACAUGAUGACAAGCAGGAUGUGAGUUUAAAGUCCACACAGUAUGUAAAUUUGUACAUUAAAACAUAUCAGGUAUUGAAAGAUGAAUGAUGUCAUCAUGUUUUUCUGUACUUUUUCUUAUAAACCAACAAAUUCUGCAGAUUUCAUUCACAGCAGCAGUUGAAUUUUAUACUGUAAAGCCCAAUAUACAGGUGAGUAAAAAAGUUUUCACCCCCUUUUCAGAAUCAUUCAAAAUGUUAAUUAUUUUACCAAAAUAAGAGGGAUCAUACAAAAUGCAUGGUAUUGUUUAUUACUGAUCUGAAUAAGAUAUUUCACAUAAAAGAUGUUCACAUAUAGUCCACAAGAGAAAAUAGUUGGAUUUAUAAAAAUGACCCUGUUCAAAAGUUUACACACACUUGAUUCUUAAUACGGUGUUGUUUCCUGAAUGAUCCACAGCUGUGUUUUUUGUUUAGUGAUAGUUGUUUAUGAGUCCCUUGUUUGUCCUGAACAGUUAAACUGUUUUUCAGAAAAGGUCUCACAAAAUUCAUUGGUUUUCCAGCAUUUUUGUUUGAACCCUUUCCAACAAUGACUGUAUGAUUCUGAGAUCCAUCUUUUCACACUGAGUACAACUGAGGGACUCGUACGCAACUAUUACAAAAGGUUCAAAUGCUCACUGAUGCUCCAGAAGGAAAAUAACCAUGCAUUAGGAGCCAAAGAAUUUGUGGCACCUGAAGGAUUUUUCUGAAGAGCAGCAGGCAGUUUAACUGUUCAGGACAAACAAGGGACUCAUGAACAACUUUCACUAAACAAAAAACACAGCUGUGGAUCAUUCAGGCAGCAACACAGUAUUAGGAAUAAAGGGGAUGUAAAGUUUUUGUCAUUUUUAUACAUUCAGCUGUUAUUUUCUCUUGUUGACUAUAUGUAAACAUCUUUCAUGUGAAAUAUCUUAUUCAGGUCAGUACUAAAUAAACAAUAACAUGCAUUUUAUUGUAUGAUCCCAUGUAUGAUCCCUCUUAUUUUAGUCAAAUAAUUAACAUUUUGAAUGAUUCUGAAAGGAGGGUGUAAACUUUUGACCUCAACUGUAUAAAUUCAUUAGCAAGAGGUUAAAAGACAAAAAUGGUUCCAGGAUGCGAUAUAUUAGCUCCUAUUUUUCAGUAUUUGACUCAGCAUUCCUUACACUAUUGCAAUCAAAAUGUAGCUAUGAUUUUAGAUCUGGGCAUUGUUUUAGGGAUGUAGUACUAAAUAUUUAUAUAGUAAGUGACUUCACAGUAUUUACCUUACACAUUUGCAUUUAGCUUUAAACUGCUAUUCACUGUGAGUUAUUCAGUAUAAUAACCAAGCUCACCAAAACGCAGAUAGGACUUAAUAACAAAUUAGAUUUUUCUUCUUUAUGGCUGAACUUGUGCCUUUUAAGAAAAAAAAAUCAUGUAUUUUACAGGGUUUAACAUACAACAGCAGAGUAGAAAUAUUCUGAAUGGAUUUCCACUUUUCUAUAGAACAAAUAAUACUUAAGGGUACCACACGUAAUCAAAAUUAAAGGUACUUUCAAGGGCUUUUCCAAUGCCCUGCAUUAAUAUUCCGUAUAAUAUUAUAAAUAUAUAAGAUGUGUUUGGCAUGUAAAUACAUUGCUUGCAUUGCAACACUUUUUGUUUCAGUGACAAUCUGACUGGGACGUGAGCUGCUCAGUUUGUCGUCCAGGAGUGAAUUAACUUUACGAAAUUCUCUUAAUUAAAGAGAUCUCAAGAGCGGCAACAUAAAAACGAAGCAUUUUCACACGCUCCAGCCAGAA